CAAAAACGGCGGAGAAACACGAGGGUGGGAGGGGGCAUCCACGCGCAUUCGCAGCAGCACGCCCAGCUCCUGCGCCCUCUCUGUGUGCCUGCUGAGCUGAUGGGAUAAGAGCGCCCUUGGCAAGCACCUCCCCCUUCCUGCGCCCGCCCUCCCCUGCCCAGGCAGCUGGAGUAAGCGCCUUCAGCAUCUGGAUGGCAACCCCACAGCCCAUCUGCUGAACGGGCAUCCUUGAAGAGGAUGGCAUGGUAUGGCAUGGCAAGAAAGCUCAUUGCUCAAGAAGAUGGAAUUGAACUGAAUUCAAGUAGUUUUUAGAAGAACUUAUUCCAUCCUGAGCUCAGAUCCAUCAUGGCAGCAGGUGUGGCGGCAUGGCUGCCUUUUGCCAGAGCAGCUGCCAUAGGAUGGAUGCCGGUAGCCAACUGUCCUAUGCCACUGGCCCCAACAGAUAAAAAUAAGCGGCAGGAUGAGCUGAUUGUUCUUAAUGUGAGUGGCAGGCGCUUCCAGACAUGGAGGACUACAUUGGAGAGGUACCCUGACACUCUGCUUGGCAGCACAGAGAAAGAAUUCUUCUUCAAUGAAGAUACUAAGGAAUACUUUUUUGACCGGGACCCUGAAGUCUUUAGGAGUAUCUUAAACUUUUACAGAACUGGCAAACUGCACUACCCAAGGUAUGAAUGCAUCUCUGCCUAUGAUGAGGAGCUUGCCUUUUAUGGAAUCCUUCCUGAUAUCAUUGGGGACUGUUGCUAUGAAGAGUAUAAAGAUAGGAAACGGGAAAAUGCUGAGCGGUUGAUGGAUGACAGUGACUCGGAGAACAAACAAGAGUCCAUGCCAGCCCUGAGCUUCCGGCAGACCAUGUGGCGAGCCUUUGAGAACCCCCAUACCAGCACCUUAGCCUUAGUCUUUUACUACGUCACUGGCUUCUUUAUUGCAGUCUCUGUUAUCACCAAUGUAGUGGAGACUGUCCCUUGUGGUACAUUUCCUGGCAACAAAGAGCUGCCUUGUGGGGAGAGGUAUGAAAUGGCUUUUUUCUGCUUGGACACAGCUUGUGUUAUGAUUUUUACAGUCGAGUACCUUUUACGACUUUUUGCAGCCCCGAGUCGCUACAGGUUCAUCAGGAGUGUAAUGAGUAUCAUUGAUGUAGUGGCCAUUAUGCCCUACUACAUUGGCUUGGUGAUGACCGACAAUGAAGAUGUCAGUGGAGCCUUUGUGACUCUGAGGGUGUUCAGGGUGUUCCGGAUUUUCAAGUUCUCCCGCCAUUCUCAAGGCUUGCGAAUCUUGGGGUACACUCUGAAGAGCUGUGCGUCUGAACUUGGUUUUCUUCUGUUUUCUCUCACUAUGGCAAUCAUCAUCUUUGCUACUGUGAUGUUUUAUGCAGAGAAAGGAUCUUCAGCCAGCAAGUUCACCAGCAUCCCAGCUUCUUUUUGGUACACUAUUGUCACCAUGACAACCCUUGGUUACGGAGACAUGGUACCCAAGACAAUUGCUGGCAAGAUAUUUGGCUCUAUUUGUUCUCUGAGCGGCGUGCUGGUCAUCGCUCUGCCUGUGCCAGUUAUCGUUUCCAACUUCAGCCGGAUUUACCAUCAGAAUCAAAGAGCUGACAAAAGAAGAGCUCAAAAGAAAGCCCGUCUAGCCAGAAUCCGUGUGGCCAAGACAGGCAGUUCCAAUGCCUACCUGCACAGUAAGCGCAAUGGACUUCUGAAUGAAGCACUGGAGUUGACAGGGUCUAUUGAUGAUGAGCACAACAUCAGCAAAUCUACUUCUCUAAUAGAAAGUCAGCAUCACCACCUGCUGCACUGCUUGGAAAAAACAACUGGAUUGUCCUAUCUUGUGGAUGAUCCCCUGUUAUCUGUACGAACUUCCACCUUCAAGAACCACGAGUUCAUUGAUGAGCAGAUGUUUGAGCAGAACUGCAUGGAAAGCUCAAUGCAAAACUACCCAUCCACUCGUAGCCCCUCACUUUCGAGUCACCAUGGCCUGACCACCUCCUGCUGUUCUCGCCGCAGCAAGAAGACUACACACCUCCCAAAUUCCAGCGUGCCAGCUACCCGGUUGCGGAGCAUGCAGGAGCUCAGCACCAUACACAUCCAGUGCAGUGAGCAGCCCUCACUCACAACAAGCCGUUCCAGUCUAAAUAUGAAAUCAGAUGAUGGGCUGAGACUGAACUGCAAAGCUUCUCAAAUAACUACAGCAAUCAUCAGCAUCCCAACCCCUCCGGCGCUCACACCAGAAGGCGAAAACAGACCUGCUCCAUCCAGCCCCAGCCAUUCCACGAACGUUACCGCCGCAAGCAGCAACAUUGUCAAGGUUUCAGCUUUGUAAGGCUUUGCCAGUCAGAGGAAGCGGUUGGACGGCCAACGGUUCUCUCCCCUUCCCCACCUCCAUGUUCCUCCUUUGCUGCAAAUUGUGCCUAGAUGAAUGGAUGGAUGGACAGUUAGACCAACCCGCCCAACAUCUAAGAAUUCAUAGCGGGUGGGGGGGCUGUUGAGGCAGCUUCCUUCAAACUCACGUUCAUUCUGUAUAGUGAUCUCAGAAGAAGCAGAAAGCUGGGGGUGUGGAGGAGAGUGGAAGGAUCUCUUUGUUGAUAAACAAGAAGAAAACUUGUUCCAGGAUAUGGAGCAUAGAAUAGUUUCCAGAAAGUGGAAAAAGAAGUCCUGUCAUAGCUACAAGGAAGUCAAUAAAGAAGCAGAAUUAUAACACUGUGUAUCUCAGCACCUUUGUAAAGGUUUUUAAUGGAUAAUAUUUAUUCAUGAGGAAAUGACUGAAAAAAGGUGAUAAAAUGGAUUUUGUGACUUUUUUUUCUUCAUGCAGCAGAAUCUUUAAUCAACCAAAAUGACACAUUUUCUUUCUUUUAUAGCUGAAGGUUUAGACAAAGAAGUCACCUAUUACAGGAGUUUUAAUUUUCAUUCUUGUGUGUGUAUGUGUGCGUGUGUGAAAGUGAGAAAGAGAAUCACAAAACUGGCACACUGUAACAACAAGAGAUCUGAGCACACGUUCCUGAUCCUGGCUCAACCCUGCAAAGACUUACUGUUUGCAUGGGCCACAACAUGCUUGAAAUAGAAUCAGCGGUUCUACUGACUGUGCAUCCUGUUCUGCAUGAGUGUGUCUUUGCAGGCUUUAGCCUCGAGUGCACAGUAGCAAACAGACACCUGCAUGCAAUCACACACACAAGCACCAAUAAAACUUUUCAUUGUGGAUGGCAUCCUUUCUUAAGACAAGUUUUGUAAUUGCCUUUUAAUUCAACACAAAUCGCAGUUGCAAACAGUGUAUUUGUCUGCUAACUAUUGUCUGUGGUGGGGGGGGAGAUCAUAUUUGUUUGUUGAAGAGAGUGAGAAAGGCUUUAGUAGUCCACCACAAAUUUCUGCUUUUUGUAUUUUUUUCUGUUAACACUGGCUUGUAAAGAGUAGAUUACCAGUCCUGUAUUUUUAAAAAGUGAGCAUAGAGGGAAUUUUAUUUUUAAAUCUUGUACACACCAGUUUCACAGAGGGCAAAUCGUUCAAAGCAACUGCACCAGAUGUUCAUAAAGACUCUAUAAUCUAUGCCCAUGCCUUCUUUUCCCCCCGUUUUUGUAUGUGUUUCUUUGGUAGUAAUGGAAGUGUCUCUCAUUGUAUAUAGUAGCCAGCUAGUCAGUGGAUCUGUCCUUGGUACGAUAACUUCAGGAGCCAACCAUUUUGCAUGGACUGAUACUGAGUCUCAUUUUGUAAUACAGUCCUGUGGCUCUUAGUGACAGCUUCUGGGUUGUAUUGGCUUGAUGGAUUAAAAAAAGAACCAAAUAUCUGACUUCCCUUGUCAAAGCAUAACUUCCUGUCAAAAAAAGGAGGAUCGCUCCUAGGUUGUUGGGUCUACUUUAUAUUAGAGUAUCAUUUCUAAACAAUUUAGAAAACAGUUAAUAGAUGGCUGAAUAUAUGUUUCAGAAUAGCUCACCAGUUGUUAAAUAUUGUUAUACUGUUUAGGAAGUUUAGGACUGUGGGUUAUAACCAUCUAUGAGGUUUUAUAGUGAUGUUGUCAUAAUGUGUCUCUUGUGAGCGCAAUCCUCUGGGACCUCUGUCCAUGUGAACAGGGCUUAUACUAAUACUGAGCUCUGUUGACUGUACCCUAAUUUUUUCAUGCAGUUUACCCAAUUAAUCAAUCUUCUGAAAUUUAUUUAACCUUCAAUGUAUCUCAUGUCUUUCUUCCAAAUACAUUUUAAGUAAUCCAUGCCACAA